GAAGACCUUUGCCCCGAUUUCGAGCCCUAAAGUUAAAUCUUCCUGUGCGGCACACAUACAGAUCCCCGUCUCACUCUCCCGCUUCGUUUGUUUGGUUGAAGAAGCUUCGAAGCCCUAGCUGUCAUUUCUCUCUCUCUCUCGCCACAAUGAAGCUCGUCAGGUUUUUGAUGAAGUUGAACAACGAGACAGUGUCGAUCGAGCUCAAAAACGGCACCGUUGUGAACGGAACCAUCACGGGUGUGGAUAUCAGUAUGAAUACUCAUUUGAAGACGGUGAAACUUACACUCAAGGGGAAGAACCCAGUGACUCUGGAUCAUCUCAGCGUGAGGGGUAACAACAUUCGAUACUAUAUCCUUCCUGACAGCCUGAAUCUCGAGACUUUGCUGGUUGAAGAGACACCUAGGGUCAAGCCCAAGAAGCCAACUGCAGGGAGGCCUAUGGGACGGGGACGUGGCCGUGGACGUGGUCGCGGACGUGGCCGUGGGCGUUAAUUUUUGUGGCACCUGGUUAUGUAGACACAACCUCUGUAGGAAGGAACUUGUCAUUGUGAUCUUGUUGCGGUACGGUACUUUAAUUUGUUGUCUAUGCCGAGUGAAUUCUUUAAGUUUUGUUAAGAAGCUGAUCAAAUAUGCUUUUGACAUCUCAUAUCUAGUUCUUCAUUUUCAAUUUGGGUGUCGACUGUCGAGGCAUUGUGUGAAGUUGAUGAAUGUUUACUGAGAUUUGAUAGUAUAUGAAUAUAAAAUGUUGGCUUA